AGUGUGCGCCUGGCGAGGAAGGAAACGACGAACUUCAUUCAUUCAUUCAACUGUCUGACGAAACCUCAGCGUUCACCCACCGCUACAUGUUAGCACGCUACCACAGGUGUACGUGUGCGGGUCUGUCACGGUAGCUGGAACAACUGCGUGUGUAUAACCAACUCCAGCUGUGUGUGUGUGUUUGUGUGAGAGAGGGCGUGAGUGUGUGUUUAUGUGUGUGAAGAGACGUGCGAGCCAUGUCAGUGUCAGUGAUCAUAAAGUGGGGGGGUCAGGAGUACUCCAUCAGCUCCCUGUCCGAGGAGGACACGGUGAUGGAUCUGAAACAGUCCAUCAAGAGCCUGACGGGGGUGCUGCCCGAGAGACAGAAACUGCUGGGACUCAAGGUCAAAGGUAAACCUGCAGAGGAUGAGAUGAAGCUUGGCUCUCUGAAGCUGAAGCCUAACACCAAGAUCAUGAUGAUGGGUACCAGAGAGGAGAGUCUGGAAGACGUCUUAGCCCCUCCCCCAGAGAACGAUGAUGUGGUCAAUGAUUUUGACAUCGAGGAGGAGGUCAUCGAAGUGGAGAACAGGGAGGAGAACUUGGCUAAGAUUGCCCGCAGAGUGAAAGACUACAAGGUGGAGGAGAUGAACCCUCCCAGAGAAGGGAAGAGGCUUCUGGUACUUGAUGUGGAUUACACACUGUUUGAUCACAAGUCGUGUGCAGAGACGGGCCAUGAGCUGAUGAGGCCAUACCUUCACGAGUUCCUGACGUCAGCCUACGAGGACUAUGAUAUUGUCAUUUGGUCCGCAACAAGUAUGAAGUGGAUUGAUGCCAAAAUGAAAGAGCUGGGAGUGACAGACAACCCCAACUACAAGGUUACGUUCAUGUUGGACAGUGCUGCCAUGAUCACAGUACACACCCCUAAGAGAGGGCUUGUAGAGGUGAAGCCCCUGGGAGUGGUAUGGGGGAAGUAUGGCGAAAUUUACAACAGGAAGAACACUAUAAUGUUUGACGACAUCGGACGAAACUUCCUCAUGAACCCACAGAACGGACUGAAGAUUCGACCCUUCAUGAAGGCUCACCUCAACAGGGAGAAAGACAAGGAGCUGUAUAAACUCGCUCAAUACCUCAAAGAAAUUGCCAAGCUUGACGACUUCGCUGGACUCAACCACAAACACUGGGAGAGGUUCCUAUCCAAGAGGCAGCAGCAUCAAUGAGGAGGGACUACAUCCUCGACCAAGGCUGGAUGCCGCCACCCUUCAUCCAGUUCUCAGGCACAUACACACAGACUAGGCUACGACCUAAGUCCUUCAUUUCAAACCUGAAAACAUAUCCCACGCUAAUCCUGCGGCAACCAACACUAAAAUGCUCAGGACUGAGAUAGCCUUCCUAAUUUAUAUAUUUGCAUGUUAACCAUUUCUCCCCUCCUUUUUUUUACAAAUAUUGUUUGCGUUAACUGCAAUAAUAAACAAAAAUUACCAUUACCACUAAUUUACUACUUUGAUUAGCUGUCAAAAUAUAUCUUAAAUGAUACCUGGAAGUAUUUCAGAUCUUUUUUGAAGGAGACAUAUUAUGCCCAUGUUCAGGUUUGUUAUUUUACAAAGGUUUACAUCCUCUAUUCAGAAACACCACUUUCCUCAAACUGUCCAUUGCUGCAGCUCUUCUUUUCAGCCUCUGCCUGAAACACUUGGUUUUAGCUCCUGUCUCUAUAUGGCUCCCCUCCUGAAAAGGCCUACACUCUUACUUUACCAGGGCGGCAUUCAGCCUGAGCAAACCGCAGCAAAACCUUUAUUUAACUGUUACAGUGGUACGUUGCCAGCUGCAAAGCCCAUUCUUGAGGAAGAUAACACAGAGGUACAUGGCGUGGGUUUGAAUAAAAUAAAUAUCGCUUUGCACAUUGUUUACAUGCACACACAAAUAUGUUGAUGAAAGGGAAAAUCUGAAAAUGCAUAAUAUGUUUCCUUAAAAGAUAGGUUGACCUUACUGUCAAAGAAGCCAAGAUCUUACCCAUCGAAUAUCCUGAAGUGACUGAGACGCUACAUUAAGAAGCUAAUAAGUCAUUCGAAUUGGAUGAGAAAUUCAACCCCAAGAAAUGCACAUGCCCAUAAUAUAGUCAAUAUCGAGUACGACUUUCACUGCAACAAUUCUGGUAUGUCCAUGUUGUGAAAUUUUGUUGUGAAGAGCUAAAGUCAAAAAUGGAAUGGCAGAAUGUGUUGCAAUCUAUCAACCACUGUAACCAAUUUGACAUGUUAUAAUACGCAAUAAUCCUCAAAGCUACCGCUGGAUUAAAAAUUUGAGCUUGAGACUGGUAGUCGUAGCUAAUAAUUCAUCAAAACAAUCGACAGUUCUGCACGUUUUGAUGGAAAACCUCUGUUGUUUGUUGUUAAGUUUGCAGGAGUCGCUGGAGACAGGCCUGUUGUUUGGAUUUCAUACAUGUACAUAGUGCACACACGGAGUUUCCACGUAAGGGUUAGUUUGCAUAUUUGCCCAGAAUUUGUUAAGUGUUUUUCUGCACUUGUAAUUGUUUUGUCCUGGCUCUGCUGCAUUGCUGGACGCACAAACUUGAAGACAUGUAGAGGAUGAAUCCAGUUUGGUUUCUGUUCAUUUUGUAUGUUUCGUUUUAUGCAAAAUGCACUAGUUCAUCUUGUUUAGAGCUUUUAUUAAUAAGCUGUUUUGGGAAGUUCAAGUAAUGAAUGAUGAGAGGAUGAGGAUUUAUGAAAUGGAUAGCACAAAACGUGCAUUGAGUUUUUGGUUUUCUUUGCUUCUAAAAUGAUUGUGUCCGCACACAGAGGGAAGAGGAACAAAACAAGUUCCCUUUUAUUUCUUGAGAUCUGCCUUUUGGUGUUUUCCUCAUCACAUCCAUCACAUCACUGACACCCUGACUGUAAAUAUACCAAUAAACCUUUUUUUGUACCUAAA